AUGGCGUUGACAUCGACGACCGAGACGCGGGUACGCGACAAGCGUGCCGCUGUCCCGAUUCUCCUCGAGGCCUUCCCUGCCCCGCCGUCGUUCAUUCCGCCUUCACCUUUGCACUCUAAUAAUGCCUCAUCCUCGUUUCCUCGUUCGCCGUCUCCUCGCCUUUCGCCUUCGAACUCGCCCCUCUCAAAUCCCCCAUCCGGCCCUCUUCCUCCUAUCCCUGGUCCUUCCCCAAUCACUGAGCACGAAACACUCAUGUUCAUCUCCGCCACCCGGUCGCGUCGUACAUCCAAAAUGUCUCUCGCGUCUGUCUCCACCUAUUCCCAACGGGACUCCAUCACCAGCGCCGACGGUAGCAGCCUCCCUUCACUCUCCCCCUCCACCAGCGGAACUCCUUACGACUCCUCGCGGUCUAUCCGAUCAUACUCUUCCAGCAGCUCACUUUCCGUCCCUUUCUCGAGACACAUUGAGAGGUCCCCCGUGAUCCAGCCCCGUAUCGCCGAGGAAGACGCUGCAGAUUUGACCCGCUUGUCACUCGAUGAAAUCGCGAUGCACUCACCGCUCCCGGAGCACCUGAGUGACGACGAGAAGGUGCUGGAUAUUGGCAUCUCCCGUCGUGUGUCCCGUUAUGACCCGCGCGACUCGAUCACUUCAGUGGAUAUGAGUGACGUCCCUCCUCUCCGCGGCGAAGACAAGGAUGCAAGGGUUACUGUGCCUCCUCCACCGCAAGUGUCUCCUCCCACGCACACCAGGUCGUUAUCGAGAAGCAUCCGGCACUCUUCAGACAAAGCCCUGCCUCCUCUCCCCCCACCGCCGCUCACACAGCCACCCCCGCCUCCAUCUAACACACCAUCUGAGUCAACCUCUCGCUCCCAGUCCCAGUCGCUUAGUCAUGCGCGCCGCCCAAGCAGUCCUGACAUAACAGAAAUCCUCGCAAGCACUCCUCGUCCACGGCGCAAGUCGUCACAUGGCUCUGGGUUGCGCUCACGGUCUACAUCGCGUUCUGCACACUCGGCACCAGUCUCACGUCGGACAAGUGCGGUGAGCGGCAGUUACCACCGCACUAGCGUGCCGAACGUGCCAUCUCUCCCCCGUGGACGGAGGGAGUCAUCGCGGCCGGAGUCUCCCAGUGAGCUCGCGUACGAACAGACAGCUAUGGUCCCCGCUUCGCGCGAGCCCUGGGAUGAGGACUCAUUCGUUACGGAUUACGGUGUUCCAGUGGACGAGACGGGAACACCGUAUGACAUUCUGGACGGAGAUGAGGAGGCCCGCUUGGACAGAGAACUGGACGGAGAUGGCAGCGACUCGGAUUCGAGUCUUGACUUGCACACCCCACUUCCGCAACUCAUGGUGCGGGAUGGCCUGCUUUCCCCGAAUUCGAAGCUCGUAGCCGCGUCGCGGAAUACGACGCCGCUCCCUGGCAACCGGCCUGGGAGCUGCGUCAGUCUUGCUUCCACUGUAGGGUCCAUGAUGACGAAGAACGGUCUGUUCAAGGACGAGCGUGAUACGAUCAAGCGUCGCGUUCGCCAUCGUGACGGCAAGAUGCUCCGAGGCGGCAUAGGUCUCACGACAGGCCUCGGGUGGAGUGACAGUGAAGACGAGGACGCGCCUGCUCCCCUGAUCCGUCAAAUAUCGACCGGCAACCUCAAGAAACGGGUCUCCACGGCGUCCUCCCGCAGCCUGAAUUCUGUGACACGGUCUUACAGCGAGCACAUCUCGGAGAAUCGCAUGGACGAAUUCGGGAUGCUCCCGAAAAGUACUCGCUCGUCGGCACCACCCACCUCUUGGCCGCGGUCGCGACUCACUUCUGGCUUGGACAGGAGGACGAGUACGAGCAGUUCCUUGUCUAGUGCAUCUUCGAAGUCAGCGCUGUCGCGACCAUUUUCGCGAACAUCGACUUCUUCGCAUCUGUCAGGUCUUGGGAGCUCGCCCAGUCGACAUGGUCUGGACGCGGGUGCCAAAUCGCUUGGGCAUAUCCGGGAAGGCGACGAGUUUGGCUUUAAUACUCCGUCGACCUCGUCGUCUACCGCCAGCCUAGUCACCCCUAUCACACCGGCGGAUACACCUUCCCUGGGUAGGACAAGCCUGGGUUCUCUUUCCUCCAAGACGACUCGCAAACUACUCGACCAUACCGGCACGUCUGAUCUGACCUCUCGCGAUGGAAUCCAUCACAGCUCCGCUUUGAGUGCACGGACGCUGAACGUUCCUCGCCCUCUCCGGCUACCCCAGUCACAAAGCAGCCUCCGAACGCCUUCCAGCGAGACGUCGUCGCUCCGGACAUCCCUCUCCUUCAGUGCAGGACAUUCAAGCGCUCCGAGUCUCCGCCGAAUGCCUUCCCAGGUACUGCGCCAGCCGCAAGCCACACCUCGCUCGGCCUCGAUGGCCAAGAGCGCGCCUCCGCAAGACGGGGUCGCAUUCCCCUCUCAGUCUCCGGUCAAGACCGGCCUCAUGGCGCGCAGUUCGUCAAGCUCGUCCGCGUCGAGCAGUGCGAGGCUGAAGCCGAGGACAGGCACGGGGAUGGUCUACCGCUCGACGCCGACGACGCCGACGACGCCGGGGACACCGGUGAUGCCCACCCCAGCGGUGCGGGCAAGCCUGCUGCGGAUGCCGAGCACGACGUCUCUUCGUUCGGUUCAGGGCGUUGGAAUCGCGAUAUGA